UUACUUACCCUGGAGCUCACGAUGCGGCUCGUCCCCUUGGCCCAAGCAGUCAGAGUCGCAGUCUGCCUCGCAGAUGUAGACGCACCCCGCCACACCGCCCUGCAGCUGCCUGUGGGCCUCUCUCUCCUGCACACCUGCAGCCAGAGGACAAACAUACCAUCGUGUGUGUGUGUGUGUGUGUGUGUACCUCUCAUGGCGGGAUUUGCUGCUGAUGCGAUGGCGAGGGCGACGAAGGCCAUGAGGGCGACCACCGAAGUGCGAGGGGCCAU